AUGGCGGACAUGCAAUUUCCAUCCUUGCUGUCCAAACUGACGGACCCACUUUGGUUUCAAGUUGAGAAACCUGGGGACGAGGAUUCCGAACUUACGAAACUGGAAGAUGAACAAAGAGAGUCGGCCAUCAUUGAUAAGUACAACAGUGUGGCACCAAUUGGAAAACCAUCCACAGCCACUCCAGAGGAAGCAGACGAUCAGGAUGAUGAUGUUGAUGGUGAUGACAUGAGUGAAAGUGACAAUGAAGAUGAGUUGGACACCGACAUGAUCGAAGAAAGAGAAUCUGGUGAUGAGGUAAUAUAA